AACAGUCAGCCAUGUUUGUAUUCGGAAUUCGGGUUUAGAUCUUCUCCAAAAUUGACAGUUUUACGGAAUAUAGUAGCAUUGUUUCCUCCUAAUUUUUUUAGGAAUUCCAGGGAUUAAAACAUCGCAUUGCAAGGAAAUCUAAUCCACCAAAAUGGGUCUUGCUUGCUCCUCAGCACAGCUCGCUUGCUUGUGUGGAAGCACAGCUUGCAGCUUUUGCUGCUCACAGUGUCCAACAUGCAGAAACAGUACGAGUACAAGAAUUAUGUACGCUUUGAUGUUGAUGCUUGGUACAAUUGCUGCUUGUAUCACUUUAGCUCCGAGUCUGCAAGAGACUUUGAAAAAGGUUCCGUUUUGUGCGAAUAGCAGUAAUUUAGUUCCCACCUCGUUUACAAUCGAUUGUCAAUCCGCGGUUGGAUAUUUAGCAGUCUACAGAAUAUGUUUCAUUCUCACGCUGUUUUUCUUCCUGAUGUCAGUGAUUAUGCUUCGAGUAAGAAGUUCGAAAGAUCCUCGAAGUCCGAUUCAAAAUGGCUUCUGGGCAAUCAAAUACCUCCUGAUUAUCGGAGGAAUCAUCGGAUCCUUUUUCAUACCUGAAGGCUCAUUCGGUCCAACCUGGAUGUAUUUCGGAAUGAUAGGAGGUUUUCUCUUCGUGAUUAUUCAGCUGAUUCUCAUCGUCGAUUUUGCACACUCUUGGGCUGAUGCAUGGGUGGGCAAUUAUGAAGAGACUGAGUCCAAAGGCUGGUACUUUGCUCUUUUGGCAUCAACUUUCCUGAAUUAUGCUCUAGCUUUCACUGGGAUUGUUUUACUUUAUGUUUACUUCACACUGCCCCACGAUUGCUCUCUCAACAAAUUCUUUAUUUCCUUCAACCUGAUCCUGUGUAUUCUGACGAGUGCAAUUUCUAUUCUCCCGAGUGUUCAGGAACAUCAGCCCCGUUCCGGUCUAUUGCAGGCAUCUGUUGUUUCUCUGUACGUCGUCUACUUGACCUGGAGUGGAGUUUCAAACAGUCCAGACCACAGCUGCAAUCCUGGAGUUCUUGGAAUCAUAAAUGGAAACGACAUUUCUGCGCAAAAUAAGGUUGCUUUUGAUAAAGAAAGUGUAAUUGGCCUCGUAAUCUGGUUCAGUUGCGUUCUCUACAGUUCCCUUCGUACUGCCUCCAAAUCCUCGAAGAUCACGAUGUCUGAAACUGUCCUCGUCAAGGAUAACGGAGCUGUUCAGAACACGGACCAGUCUCUUAUUGGCAAUGAAGAUUACGUUUCAGUAGAAGGCCGUAACGGAGAUGUGGAAGGAAACGAGACCAAAGUUUGGGACAACGAGGAAGACACAGUUGCUUACAAUUGGAGUUUCUUCCAUUUGAUGUUUGCCCUCGCCACUUUGUACGUGAUGAUGACACUCACGAAUUGGUACAAGUAA